CAGAGGUCACUUAUUUCAAGAAUGGCGGCUCUGUUGAAAAAGCGAGCUCUUGCAGAAUUCAGUCAAGUGUUACAGCAAGAAGAACAAGUUAAACAAGUUAAAAAGCUUCGACUUACAAAGAAGGCAGUUCAGCAGGGUUAUUCCAGUACUGACCUAGAGUUACUGAAGACAGCAUCACCAACUGAAGCUUUAGAGCUUUUAAUUAACUUAUCAGAAGCAAUUUCAUCAGGGUUCAUUUUUCUCUCAGGGGUAAAGUCAGAAAUGUUUGCUGGGAGGGUUAAAAAAGGCAAGUGUCUUGCGGACAGCAGCCACUUAGUCAAAUCCAAGUGCAUGGAGGUGAUCAGUGACUUGACACCCGUUGGUGAUCAUUAUGAUGCCACUUCCAUGCUACGUACUGUUGGGGACUUCAGCAGACACCAAGACCCCAGAGUGAGAACGGCAGCCCUAUUGGCAAUGCACAAAUUGUAUCAGCGAGGACUCCUGCUGGAUGUUUCAUUAUACAAAGAAGUCUGCGAAGCACUAAAUGAUGACUAUGAAGGUGUCAGGAUUGCAGCACUAAAUUUAUUAAAAGUGUUAAGUCAAAUUCAUUCUGAACACUUAGUUACCAUUUUAAAUAGUCAAGAAAAAAUACGCUUAGCAGAUGAUGCUUUUGCCAAAGUUUGUCACAUGAUAAAUGACUUGUCCAUGAAUGUCAGAGUUCAAGCUGCCUCUUUGUUGGGUGGUAUGGAUAAAGUGAGCCUGAAUUUCCUGGAACAAACACUGGACAAAAAACUGAUGUCAAAUUUGAGAAGGAAACGAUCAGCACACGAACGACAGAGAGAAAACUUUGAAAGUGGUGAGUGGUCUACGGGUCAGAAGUGGGCUGAUGAUGCACCAAAAGAGACAGUAAAUGCAGAAAAUGUUAACCUGAUAAUGUCUGGAGCAUGUGGAGCUUUUGUGCACGGGCUCGAAGAUGAGUUUCUAGAAGUCCGAAGUCCAGCCCUGGACUCCCUCUGUGAGCUGGCCAUACAGUUUCCCAACUUUGCAAGUCUCUCACUGGAUUUUCUGGUGGAUAUGUUUAAUGACGAGAUUGAAGAUGUUCGACUCAAAGCUAUCAAGUGUCUAACACGCAUUAGCAAUCACAUUAUUUUACGAGAGGACCAGUUGGAAACGGUGCUCGGAGUUUUGGAGGAUUUCUCUGUGGAUAUCCGUGAAGCCCUGCACGAAAUGUUGGGGAGCUGUAAACUUUCAACCAAGACUGGACUGAAAUCUUGUGUGGACAGUUUACUAGAAAAUCUUAAGAGGUAUCCACAGGAUAAGAGGUCAAUUUGGAGGUGCCUACAAAAACUUGGUGCUCAACAUCCUUAUCUGACUUUACCAUUGGUACCAGAAUUGUUGGGAAUCCACCCUUACUUUGACCUUCCCGAACCUGACGUAGAAGAUCCAGCAUACAUUAGUAUCUUGAUAUUAGUGUUCAAUGCAACAGUUAGCUGUCCUACUAUGAUGCCCUUGCUGGAACAACAUACACUGGAUCAUUAUUCUUAUCUUUCUGAUACCCUGCCAUCUUUGAUUCCAAAGUUGAAGCUCCCCAACCAUACAGAAUCACCCCCCGAGAGAGUCUCAUCGUCAAGACAGUCUCGCUCGUUUCUGCAAGAUGUGCUUCAGAGGGUGUCGGAUGCUGAUUGUAAAUCUUCUUCUGUACAACAGUGUAUCCUGGAAACUUCUAUAAGGACUAUCCUUUCCAAUAAGAACUGGUUAAGCCCAUCAACAAUGGUAUCUUUUCAAGGUCACUCUCUGAAGUCUUCAUUGGAUCAGGUAGAGAUUACAUUAUGGAGUGUUUGUAUUGUGGUAUUUCCACAUUGGGAAUUGGAUAACCUAGAAGAUCCAAAACCGGGGUCCGUUGCUCGAGUAUUACAGCCUUUGCUUCUUGCUCAUCCUUGUCCUUCUUUCCAACUUCAGUAUGGAGAUGAGAUGGAUGAAGUUGGACUUGAAAGAAUAACUGAAGCAAAAGCAACUAUUCACGAACCUUCUGCAGAAUCUGAUAAUCCACUAAAGUUCACAGCGGGUCUUGUGCUGGCAGUACCUCUGGAUGCUCACAUCGAAAAUGUGGAAAAUUUCCACAAUGUGCGACUAAAGGUGAAGUUUAAAGGUUUCGCCAAAGUAAGAGUUCGUAAGCUUUGUUAAGCAAAUUCCCUCAUU